UCCUGACAACUGGACCCUGGUAACAGAAUUUGUCAUGGUGGGUUUCACAAGCAUCCAAGAGGGACAUUUGCCUGUUUUUUGCUUCUUCCUGGUCAUGUAUUUGCUGACUCUGAUGGAGAAUGGUAUCCUGAUCCUAGUUGUGGCAAUGGAAAAGCACUUGCACACGCCUAUGUAUUUUUUUCUCAUUCACCUUUCAUGCUUGGACAUCUGUUAUACCUCUCUCACAGUGCCAAAGAUGCUGGCUGGUUUUGGAUCCUCAAGUGGUAGGACAAUUUCCUACUCUGCCUGUUUGACCCAGCUCUACCUCUUCACCUUCUUGGGCAGCACUGAGUGCUUCCUUUUAGCUGCCAUGGCCUAUGACCGCUACGUGGCUAUCUGUGUGCCGCUGCGUUACCAAGCAAUAGUAGGUCGUGACACCUGUCUGCUGCUGACUGGUGGAUCAUGGCUAGCAGGGCUCCUCACCCCCGUGCUGCCUAUUUACUACAUGUCACAGCUGACUUUUUGCGGCCCUAAUGUGAUAGACCACUUCUUCUGUGAUGCUUCCCCACUCCUUGUUCUCUCAUGCACUGACAUUUCCCUAAAAGAGAUGAUAGAUUUCCUGGUCUCCCUGGCUGUGCUUCUGAUUUCCUCCUUUAUCAUAGUAGUGUCAUAUGUCUAUAUUAUCUCUACAGUGUUAAAGAUUCACUCUUUGGCAGGGCGUCACCGUGCCUUUUCAACUUGUACUGCCCACCUCGCUGUGGUGUCUGUCUUCUAUGGGACACUUUUCUUCAUGUAUGUCCGCACUAAAGUUGACUCAUCAGUCAUCAACUUCAACAAGGUAGUCUCUGUCUUUUAUGCAAUAGUCACCCCUGUGCUCAACCCUUUAAUCUAUAGCCUGAGAAACACAGAAGUGAAGGGUGCCUUAUACAGGGUUAUUGCUAAGACCAAGCAGUUUGCAAUGUGA